AUGACCUCCGAAGAAGACCAUCCGAAAUUUGAACCCUUACCCCCGAAUUUCGUUUUCACGACGAAUGACCCUCACUACUACGGAACGGCCACGUGUAAUGUACUCCAUUACAAUACGGCCGCAGUCAUUUCGGCUUUCGUCGAAUUGACCAUUUUGGGCGUCGGCGCCGCUUGUUUCUACGGUGAGCCCUUCGAAAAAGUUCAGAAGUCGUUUUGAGGUUUGGGAAAUUGGGAAAAUAGGAAGAGAACGAAAAAAAUUUUCAAAAGUUCAAAUGAAUCUGCGACGCCAGUAGUGUACAGUUUCAUUGAGAUUCUCAAAAAUGUAUAAAAAACGUCGAGCUUUUUUUAAAAAUAAUUGGGACCAAAUACUUGGGACUUUAAAGAAAAUGAUCAAGUCACGAUAAUUUUUUUGAUGAAGAUCUUUCAAUCCAAAAUUUUGAAAUUCGUUUAUUUAUAUCUGUAUUUUCUCUGUACUUUCGUGUUUGAGUGAAAUAAAUAAAUAAAUAAAAUGGUAAAAAUUUUUGAGAUCUCAUAACUUUCUUCAUCUCUAACGAAUCUUGAAAUAAAUUAUAUUUAAAUCAGCUUUUUCAUGAACUUCUAAUCUUUAUGAAAUGCAAAACUAACCAAUAAUCAGAAUUUUUCAGAAAUGAGCCAGAAAACGGGCUCCUUGGAGGGCUGGAUGACGACCUGCCAAAUCGCCCUGACCGUCUUGUCGCUUCUCACUUCCGUUUCGAUGGUACUUGUCCUUUUUUAGGCAUUUCGAACGAAACAUUGCUUUUCGAAACAUAAUUGUAUGUUUCGAAAUUCCAAAUUGAUCAUUUCUAAGAAAAAGAAUUUUUUUGGAAUUUUAAAAAUUUUUUUCUCGCAUAGCUUGGAAGACCAAUUGAGAGAAAAAAAUUAACUAAUAAAUACGAAAAAUUGAAACAGUAAGUAGCCCUAAAAAAAUUUUUUUAAAAAAAUUCGCUUUUUUUCAUUUUCUUCAUGGAAAUUUAGAAAUUGAUGGAAAAAUAAGUGUUUUUUUGGAAACUAUUUUCUCAAUUUCUACAAUUUUUCUCACACUCAAAAAAAUUCAGAAAAAAAUUAGAAAAAAAGCGAUUUUUUUCAGCUCGUCGGCGUCUACCUGGAACAACCGCGGUUGUACUGGCCCAAGAUGACUUUUUAUUCGGGUAAAUACUUUUUUUAA